AUGGAGCCCCUCACAGCGCUCAGCCAGGAGGGCGCGGGCGGCGGGGAGCCGCCGGGCGGCGGACCGCUCUGGACGGCCGUCUUCGAGUACGAGGCGUGCGGCGAGGACGAGCUGAGCCUGCGGCCGGGAGACGUGGUGCAGGUGCUGUCCCGGGACUCGCAGGUGUCCGGCGACGAGGGCUGGUGGACGGGGCAGAUCGACCAGCGCGUCGGCAUCUUCCCCAGCAACUACGUGAGCAGCGGCGUGCAAGGGGGCGGCCCGGAGCUGCGCGCCCGCUACCCGCCGCCCCCCGCCAUACAGCUCUUGGAGAUCGACUUCUCAGAACUUGUUCUGGAGGAAAUCAUUGGCAUAGGAGGCUUCGGAAAAGUAUAUCGAGCUGUGUGGAUAGGAGAUGAGGUUGCUGUCAAGGCAGCUCGUUAUGACCCUGAUGAGGACAUCAGCCAGACCAUUGAGAAUGUCCGCCAAGAAGCCAAGCUCUUUGCAAUGUUAAAGCAUCCCAACAUCAUUGCCCUCAGGGGCGUAUGUUUGAAGGAGCCUAAUCUUUGCUUGAUCAUGGAGUUUGCCCGUGGAGGAUCAUUAAAUAGAGUGUUGUCUGGUAAAAGGAUACCUCCUGACAUCUUAGUGAACUGGGCAGUACAGAUUGCAAAGGGAAUGAACUACUUGCACGAGGAAGCAAUUGUUCCUAUAAUUCACCGUGACCUGAAGUCCAGCAACAUACUGAUACUCGAAAAGGUGGAAAAUGGAGAUCUGAGCAACAAGAUAUUGAAGAUCACGGAUUUCGGCUUGGCCAGGGAAUGGCAUAAAACUACCAAAAUGAGUGCAGCUGGGACAUAUGCCUGGAUGGCUCCUGAGGUCAUCCGCUCCUCCAUGUUCUCCAAAGGCAGCGAUGUGUGGAGUUAUGGCGUGCUGCUUUGGGAGCUGCUAACAGGGGAAGUGCCAUUCCGAGGAAUUGAUGGUCUUGCAGUAGCCUAUGGUGUUGCCAUGAAUAAACUUGCUCUUCCAAUCCCUUCCACGUGUCCAGAGCCUUUUGCCAAACUAAUGGAAGAUUGUUGGAACCCUGACCCACACUCACGACCUUCCUUUGCCAGUAUCCUAGGCCAUCUCACCGCUAUAGAAGAGUCUGGUUUCUUUGAAAUGCCCAAAGAUUCCUUCCAUUCCCUUCAGGAAGACUGGAAACAAGAGAUCCAAGAGAUGUUUGAUCAGCUCAGAGCCAAAGAAAAGGAGCUUCGCACGUGGGAAGAAGAGCUGACUCGUGCUGCUGUUGAACAGAAGAACCAUGAGGAGUUGCUCCGAAGGCGGGAACAGGAGCUGGCAGAACGUGAGAUUGACAUCCUGGAAAGGGAGCUCAACAUCAUCAUCCACCAGCUGUGUCAGGAGAAGCCUCGUGUGAAGAAACGUAUGGGGAAGUUCAAGAAAAGUCGGCUCAAGUUAAAAGAUGGCAAUAAUAUCAGCCUGCCUUCAGAUUUCCAGCAUAAAUUCACUGUGCAGGCUUCUCCAACAAUGGAUAAAAGGAAGAGCUUGAUCAGUAGCUGCUCCAGCCCUCCUGCAAGUCCUACCAUUAUUCCCAGACUCAGGGCCAUACAGUUGACUCCUGCUGAAAGCAGUAAAACAUGGGGACGAAACUCAGUCCUUCCAAAGGAGGAAGGAGAGGAAGAAGAGAAGAGAGGCCAGAAGAAAAAAGGACGCACCUGGGGACCAAGCUCACUUUGUCACAAGGAGCUAGGUGCAGGAGAGGACAGUCUGAAAGCUCUGGUAGAAGGAUACAAACAGUGGUCAUCCAGUGCACCAAACCUAGGGAAGAUUCAGAGAACUGCACCUGCUUUUCCAGGAUUCACCAGCUUAGCAGAGAUGGAUGAUGAAGACAGUGAAUGUCUUAAUGGGGAAGGCAAAGUGCACCCUUCACCUGGGCACAACCAGUCAUACCUCUGCAUCCCGUUUCAGAAGAAUGAUGACUGGGAUGGGCCUUCUAGUGAUGCCAAUGAUGAGUCCACUCCUGUGAACUCUGCUACAAGCACCCCACAGCUUACACCCACCAACAGCCUCAAACGUAGUGGCUCCCACCACAAACGGUGCGAGGUUGCCUUGCUUGGCUGUGGAGCGGUUCUGGCUGCUGCAGGCCUGGGGUUCGAUCUGCUAGAAGCGGGGAAGUGUCAGCUGCUGAUUGAAGAGGAGCCAGAGCCACCCAAGGAAGAGAAGAAGAAACGUGACAGCAUUUUCCAGCGAGCUGGACGCCCGCGCAGGAGCACUAGCCCUCCUUCUCGAAAAAUCUUCAAGAAAGAUGAGCCCAUGUUGUUGCUUGGCGAGCCAUCCACAUCCCUCACCCUUCUUUCCCUGUCUUCCAUUUCCGAAUGUAAUUCCACCCGAUCCCUGCUGCGCUCAGACAGUGAUGAGAUUGUGGUAUACGAAAUGCCUGUCAGCCCCGUGACAGUCAAGGCUCCCUUGCCAGCCAUUAAUAACCCACUAGUUAAUGUCCAGAUUGAGAGAUUCAAACAAGACCCCAACCAGUCCCUCACUCCCACACAUGUGACGGUCUCUUCCCACACCCAGCAAGGCGGGCACAGGCGCACACCUUCUGAUGGGGCCAUCAAAGGGACUGGACUAGUUGUCAAUGGGUGCCCAACCAGUGGAUGCCCUUCCAGUAGCUGUUUAACUGGAGCACUGGGAGCAGGUGUAUUAAAAACACCUAGUCCAAGUAGAGAUCCAAAUGAGGUCCCUCGCCUGCCAGAUCCCAACCUUGUUUUUCCUCCAACCCCGAGACGAUGGAAUGCACAGCAGGACCCCACGCUGGAAAGACCCAAGACGCUGGAGUUCCUGCCUCGGCCUCGGCCCGCAGCCAGCCGGCAGCGGCUUGAUCCCUGGUGGUUUGUGUCACCCAGCAAUGCCAAGGGUGAAUCUUCUGCCAACAGUUCAAGUACUGACACUCCAAGCAAUCUGGACUCUUGUUUUGCUAGUAGCAGCAGCACUGUAGAAGAGAGACCUGGACUUCCUGCACUGCUUCCUUUCCAGGGGAGUCAUCCUGUAGAGGAGCGGACACUGUUGGACAUAGAUGCUGAGGGACAGAGCCAAGACAGCACCAUUCCGCUAUGCAGAAGUGAACUUAACACACACAAAGCUACAGCAUAUGAACUCAAGCAAGAAUUCUGGUCUUAGUAUGAAAUUCACUCGGGACAGUAAGCCCCUCUAAAUUCAAUUCUACUUUUUGCACUGAGAAUGCACUUUGAAGACAGAUGAGUUAGAUGCUACGGAGAUCGUAUGGUGCUGCCUCUGCUGAAGGUGUUGUUUAACUGCCUGAUUGUUGUCUGCAGUUGGGUGUAAUUUGGCGACUCAGAGCUGCUGACUUUGCUGUGGGGUUUUUCUGUAGUCUUCCCUGUCACCUUAUUGCAGUUUGUAUCUGCAGUAAGCUAAAAUUAUCAUAUCGAAGUCUUUGUUACUGACCUUGUAGGAUUUGGCACUUGCAUGUAAGGUGGAUUGCUGAGGAAGGCUGUGGCGUCUCUAUUGGUGGAGGUCUUGGAGAAGAGACUGGAUGGUUGGGAAUGAGUAGGUGUAGUUGGUCCUGGCUUCAAGGCAGGGAGUGGCCCUGUAAACCCGAGGUGGUUCCUGUGCAUGCUGCUACUUGUUCAAGGCUUUUUUGAAAUUGAGACUUGCGUGUUAGUAGUUGGAUUGUGCAAAUAGGAAUCAGAACAUCUGGAUUCUGUCUUCUUUAGUCACUGACUCACUGUGUGACCUUGGGCGAAUAAUGUAACCUCUCCGUGCCUGAAUUUUCCCAUCUGUAAAUAACAGGGAUAAUACCUACCUCACAAGGGGGGUGGGACCUAUGUAGUAUGUUCUUUGAGAUCUUUGUGUGGAAGGCAGUAUAGGCAAGUAAAACAUUUGUUCAGAUUUGUAAAAGCUCUUACCUGGUCAAGGAAAACCGGGUAAGAAGACCUCCUGCCUUGAAGGAGGAAGUCACACAACUAAUGUGUGCAUACACUCAGUUUUCUUCAGAGGCUGCAAGUGUGUCUGCGCUCCCAGCAAGUCUGUGUCAUUGGGUUUAAUGAGAGCUUCAUUUGUUCCCAGUUUUGGCAUUAUAAAUAAGGGAUGUGGCCUUUUUACAUGAGUGUGUUAGGGUAGUCUGCUUUAUUGAGGGUACAGCUUAUCUGUUAGCUCUUCCUAUACAAAUCUUUGCUCAUUUUGCUAAUCUACUUACCAUUUGGGUGCAAAUAACUGAUUUGGCAGUGCUGCCAAUGCUGCCUUCCUGUCAGGGAAGUCCAGUCCUGUUGCGAAGGCACUGUGGAUGAGUACUUUCUUGCAGCAGCACAGAGAACAUGAGCGUUUAGAUGUUUAUCACCUUAAUAUUAAAAACCAGCAUGUGUGGGGAAAUAUUCUCCUUAGUAUUUUUAAUUCAGUUUGAGGGCUAAAAGCAUCAUGUUGCUGUGGGUCAAGUGUAUCUUCUUAGCAAGCAAGCACAGUAUGUUACCAUCAAGGAAAGUCAUGGACUUCUUGUUCCUCACAUUCCACAAAAUUUGUUUAAUGUCUGAAUUUCUUUUUGCUGCCUACUCCACUGAACUCUCCAGAGCUAGCCUUAAUGAUGCUACACUAGCUGCUAAUGCUGGAUAGACUGUUGACUGUGUAGACAAGGUGCUCUGGUGUGUUGCAAAGAAGAAAAUUGAUGUUUCUGGCACUUUCGUUAAGUGUAAACCUUUAGGUUUUUUUUUUUUUUUAAUUUCUUGUGCAUUCGUCCUUUUGUUUUUCAUUUCUGAAACCUCAACAUGUGUGUGAUCCAGGAACUUCAAAAACAAACAAACGCCAGCAAAAAACACCUCAAGGGAAGCCUGAUCAGAAUUUGUGUCAGAAGAACAUAAAGCAAGACAUUAAAACUAUCUAGUUUUCAGUCUCCCUUACCCUUUUUGAAAGUCUGAGACAAAACUGGAUCAGCUGUUCUUUCUAUGCAAAAAGCAUUAUUCCAAAGUGAUGGGAAGAAGCAUCUGCUCUGCAAAGACGUGAUGUAGAAUUGCUCUUUUGCAUAGGAAAGUUAAUGAAGUGUCAGAAGCCCUUCUCUCUCACUUUUAGAUAACCACUUGGUGAAGGCUAUGGAUAGCUAACCAUAGGAGGAUUUUGUGCCAAAGGGCAGCUGCCCUAACACCAAAUGGACAGUAAAGGAACUGGUUGACACCGCUGGCAAAGAGUCAUGGAUCCAGAUGAGGGUUUCUGGCUUAGAUGUUCUCUAUUACGAAGCUGCUAGAAAGACAGGGUAGGAACAGUGUUUUCUAAAUGCUCCUCAGAUGCAAUUAUCUUAAUCGAAUCCAGCAUGUGAGAUAAAAACAAGAUUGACUCUGGGCAUCAACCCCUAAAUAAGCUUUCCAGUUUGGAGUCCUGUAACUUACCUGAGGAUACCAAGGAAGAGGAAUCUGUUGUAAAACAAAGCUGUUUACUUCAGCAGGUGGUAGGAUACUUUCUGACAGGCAGAGGGCUCUCAAGGCAAAGUCAUGUGUUUUACUGUAUGCAUCCUGAAAGCUGUUGCCACUGGUGCCUUGAGGCCCAGAGGCCAUCUGAAUGUUAAAGCUAGUUUGUAACCUUUUCGGUUAUCCAUCUAUCGUGUACUGGUUUGAUUACUCUCCUGUCUUAUUCUGUUUGUUUCCUUUUCCUUCCCGGCUCUAGGCAGUGAGGUGCCCCAAGUCCCAGAGUUCACUCUAGUCCACUAUAUACCAAGAAAAUCUGAGCCAGUCAGAAAGCUCACAUACCUUUUUUUGUCUACUGACUUUCAUUUAUUUGUCAGUGAGACAAAAAUUUCAUUAUUAUAUUGAUAUACCUGCUAGUACAUCAAGAACCUGGAGUUCUUGAGGAAAAUGGUGAAAAUCUUGCUGUAAAAUACCCUUAAAUACGUGAAUAGGUUGCACUUUCUGCUGAGAAAAAGAGAACACGAGCACAAAUUUACUGAGCAGCCUAAAACAAUGAUAAAAGAGAGGAGUAAAACAUAUUAAAGUUUUUAGAGCUCACAAAGAAGAAAUAACCUCAUUAGUCUUAGUAUCAAUUACAAAAUGUUAUUGCUGUGAAAUUUUUCAGAUUUGGAAAUACAUGUUUUAUUUUAAAUAGUUGACUGGUAAUAUAUAUAUCACUAAUUUAUGUAAUUGACUUAUUUAGAAUAUGUUUGCCAGCUCUAUGCUGUCUAGCAGUCUGCCUGUUUUCCCUGUAAAAUUGAGAGGAAAGCACAGACCUAGCAACACUGCAAAAAAAUUACUUGAAAAAAAAAAAAUUUCUACUGGUUUCACAGAAAUUGAAUGUGGGACAGAUAGAGAGAAGAAAGCUUUUGUGUCAAAGCUAAAAAAUUAUGGAUGGUUAUGGAUUCUUUGUAAUAUUGUUGCUUCCUAUGGACUGCACAGUGCUCUGUUUCACCAUCAAGUAGAUCUUAUCUCCUAUGAGCCUUCUCUGAGGUGCAAAUGUAACUUUUUGUAGGUACCCUUUUUCCUUCAGAUUAUUGCUGCAGCAGAUUCAUAUUCAGUGCGGGCCAGGGAACCUCAAUGAAAAUAUUCUUUUUGUAUUGGUUUUUCUUAACAGAAUGAGUAUUUUCAAAGUAAAAUUUUCAUUAGUGAUGUAGAAAGACCUUUGGGUUUGGUAUGCUUUUAUGAUGUAUUUUUCUGUACCUCUAGGAAUGGGAGUAGUUGCCUUCCUCUUCAUAGCAUGCUGUUAUCUUAAGACUUGUGGACAGUGCUGCGUAGAGAUGUUACUGGAUGAAACUGGAUACCUCUCAUUCAGCUGAAGUACAGCUUGGUGAUGGUGCCACUAAUUUGUCCUGUGCAAGGAAGAACAAGGGAUUCAUCUGCAUCUCGGCAUCACGCUGCUGUCACAGCCAGGAGAUGUAGGAGCAAGAUCCUAGAGGACCAUUGGUGGGACAAGAACUUCAAUCAGCUUUUGAUGCCUAGACAAGAGCUUCAGUCAGCUUUUAACGCCUGGAUCACUUUAUUCUAUGAUCUCUGUGCCCUGGCAGACCUGUCUCCAUAAAGCCUCACAUCCUGCAAACAGAUGCUCAGUGUUCUCGGGUACCCCG